UCCACAUCGUGACAAGUGACAGGCGCAGUUAUUGUCGCUGUUUGUUUUGGCGAAGUGAAAAGCGAAUCGAUCAAUUACGCAUUUUCUGAAAAUUCGGGUGUAAAUUUUCCGUCGUAAUGACCAUCCUGACUAAGCCCAUUUCCGGGGAAAAGAAGGACAAGCUAGCGCCCCUUGUCCAGAAUGACCAGUUGGCAUCAGCGCCGCCAACCGAAGACGUGGAGGGCCAGCCCUCCGACGUGGUGUUCCUCAAAGCUCGCGCUCGUCGCGUCUCCACCGCCACAACCCUCUGCCUAAUUCUCACUUCACUCAUCGUCGUCAGUAUCGGCAUUUUCGUCGGUAAAUCCCUCUACAACCAAUACAUCAGCGCUCAAAUGCGUCGUUUCACCGGCUACGCUCAAAUCCCGAUGCCUUCGGAGGACGUCGAAACACUGUAUUUCCGCGAACGCAACCCAAUGCCCGAUUCGGCCCUCCUUAAGGCCCUCGCUGGCGAUGACGACGACGACGAUGACAAUAACAACGUCAAAGACGAUUUCGACAACAUCAUGAGGAACUACUUCCGAGAGGAUUUCGAGAUCGACCUCGAUGGGGAGAAGUACGAAAAAAUCGACGUUCCUGAUUUCAGGGAUGGACGAAGCGGGAGAUUUAUUCACGAUUUUAAUACAAACACGACGGGGAUUAUUGAUAUUACGGGGAAUCGAUGCUUUGUGAUGCCGCUGAAUCGAGGGCAUGUUUUGCCGCCGAGGUCGCUUUUUGAUUUGGUUAAUAAAAUGUGGGAUGGGUAUUAUAAAGUUGAUACGCAAGUCGUGAGGGAGACUAUGAGAGUGGUGACGCCACCGUUGAAGGAUUUGAAGGGAGUUGGCAGUUAUAUUGCGAAGGAGUGUGAAAAUAGACCCGUUUACAAGCUUGAAAAAUACGUCGGAGGAGUGGUUAAACGAUCAGCCGAUUUGCAUGUGCAAGCCAAGUUUGCUCAGUUCUCUGGCAAUAAAAUAACAGAGUUUGAUAUUUUGAAUUUUGAGGAUGUUCAAGAUUAUGAGAAGAAGAACAAUCUUCAUUAAGUGUUGUAAGAGCUAGAGAGAUUUUUUCAUUAUAUUUGCUUUUCUAUGAUAUUCGAUUUUGAGACGUAAUGCAGGUCGAAAUAUGUAUAAAUUUGCGUAAUUUUUCUGUUUUUAUGUAGAUGGGAUCGGUCCGAGGACCGGUUGUAUAAUAAUAAAAAAAGUUUAAAGGACGUUACUGUGCAUGUAAUUGUUGUACAAUUUUAUAUACAAUUAAAUUAUCCGAUUGUACUUACAUUUUAUGUGUUAGGUACACGUUUUCCUGUGCAAUAUGUUACUUUACCGACAUAUCACGUUUGUCUUGAAUAAAUAAAACAACAACAGUUA